AUGGUCUCACCCUCGAAGGCUAAACUUUCCAGGAUCGCCAGUCAGCAGCCGCAGGAACAAGCGCCACCUCAGCGAAAGUCGACGACAUCAAACAAUAAAGUGAAGCUGGUGAAAGGCCCGAAACCAUUGGUUCAUCAUCGAUUCUUUCUGGACAUUGAACGACAUCAGAUCGCAGCGAAAAUCGAAUCGACUAUCAAAGAGCUUGGCGGGUCGAUCGAGUUUUUCCUGAGCGAAAACAUAACACACUUCAUUACCGAUAAGUACCAGCAUCAACAACAGGCAAGCGGUGGUGCAGUUGUUGCAGCAGCGACUGGCGAGCAACGGCCCGAGGAACGUCUUUCAUUAGUGACAACAGCCACACCCGGGUGGACCGGCGGUGGCGGUACUUCGUCUUCUCUAAUCACCCAAGCGCAAGCCCGCCAAUCGCAGCAUUCGAGGGCCCAGCAACGUAGCGGUUCGCGUCAGCUAUCCCAUCAACAUCCGACGCACCAGCAACCAACCCGCGGUCAAUAUGUAAAUGAUAUCGCACCGGCGACCAGUCGUACAUCGUCACCAUGUCCACCACCACCGGCAGGAGCAGCAGCAGCAGCAGCAACACCGUCGUCAUUGGCGGCCGUGCAGCAGCAGCUGGGGGUUGUUGCGUUCGAAGGAGCCGCCUCCAGCAGCGCCGGCGGCGGCUGCAGCGGCAUUGCAUCGGCAACAACAACGCCAAUAACCACGACACUUGGGUUUGAUGGGCGGGUUAAGGCAACUCAACCAGCAGUACCAAGGAGCCGUGCAGAUGCUAUGCUACAGCGCGUCCGCCAGCAGCAGCAGGGCCACCAACAUCAAUACCACACAUCAUCACACCAACAGCAGCAGCAGCAGCCGUACCACUUGCUGCACUCCUCGCCACUAAACUACCAAUCACCAACGCCACCAACGGCCGCCAUAAUCGGUAGUACGCCAACGAAGCGACUAAGCGAAACCACAUCGCCAUCCACCUUCUAUUCGUCCUCGCACCACAAGCAACAACCAAGCCCUUGCCACAGUCCAGCGACCCCAGCAAGUGUCGAGCAACAAGUGGGUGUGCCAACGGCACCGGCACCGAAGCACCAGAACAGCCCAAUCCAACAACUUGCAAGCUCUUGGGGCACACCCGUCUGGAGCCCGGAGCAGGCUCUCAAGUUUCUUCGGAAAGUGCUCGAUUCGGUGCGUAACGAAAACCAUCCUCAGCCAUCACUCGGCGCUUCACGGGAUCGGGCUGGUGGGCGAGCAAUAACAGCAGCCGGAACAGGAGGAGGACGACACCAUCACCGGCAUCAUCAUCAGCAUCGCGGUACCGGUGGUGGACAAGGUGCACCGUCUUCUUCGGUGCGUUCGCGACAUGUUCAUCACCUGAAAGGUCGAUAUCUGAAGAUUGAGUCAGCCUCCAACCCGGGUCAACAUCGCCCGUUUUAUCAGGAGUUUAAACGGUGGCCCGAUUUGCUUCUUCGCCAUCCAGAUUCCGGGUUCAAGAAGGCACCCUUUGCCGACAUUCACGAGCAGUUUCCGCUUGCAAAGCUGGUGGGCGGCGCCACCACUGGACGGCAACAAACGGUAGCUCGAACCGGUUCACCGUUUGUCGUCGGUGGCGUUGAUAGGAUGACACGAAAGCCGGCUGGGAGAAAUAUCACCGCAAAGAGUGGUGGUGCCAGUGGUGACCCAAAGACAGCGAACGUUAAAAAACGAGCUCCGCAGCAAGACGAUACGGCAGCGGCGGUGGUGGAAAGUGCUGCUGGUGGUCAACAAAAGCCGGCCAAGGAUUGUGGUUACUGUGAGAUAUGCCGCAUUGAGUACGACUCACUGGCAGUGCACGUGGAAUCGAACAGCCAUCGCGGAUUCGUGCAGAACGACGGCAAUUUUCUGUCGCUCGAUCGGCUUAUCGGUUCCAUUGAUAACGAAGGAGUCCAAGAGGCUGUUGUUGGUGGUUGUGUGGACAUUGGUUUGGUUGGGGACACCGCGGAAGCAGAGCGGCCCUUUUCUGAUGAUGGUGGUGGUGGUGCUGCUGCUGAUUUGGGCGGCCUUUUCCUGCAGCAACACACACAGGGAACCGGCCGUGAGGAUGCUUUUGGUCGGCCGCUGAAACUGGCAGCAAAAGGCGCGCCGGUGAAGCAGCCGCAUUCAUCCGAAACAACAGGAAAGGUGACGACGGUGACGACGUCGACGACGGCCGCCGUUGACGACAAACAGCAGACGAUCGAUACAGAAGACACAGGGAAAGAAACUAAGAGCCUGAUUGUAGGAACUGAAGCAACAACAACUACUACCACACCCAAAUCGUUGUCAGUGCCCCUGAAGAGUACUGGUACUGGUGGUGGUCUCGUGGGUGGUAGGGAGUGCGCAACAAACAUAGGACAAGCGAAACGGAAGCGUCGCAUCACUUCCGGCAGAACCGGCACGACUGACGGGAAAAGUAAAGCGACGAAAGUAAAGUGCGCGGGUGAGUUCGCGGGAGACUGUGAACCGCCGCCGUCCGCAGAUCACGGCAGUGAUGGGGAUGAUCGUCAUGGUUCGGAGGGCAAUACAACCGCAGAAUUGAUAAAACUCGCCAUUAGCAGUGUAGUGUCAUCCUUCGAAGGCGGCAAUGAGCAAGGUGAUAAAAGGGAAUCUACAGGGCGGAAAAACAAUCGGAAAAAUAGUGGAAGUGAUAGACAAGGUAUUGCUGGCGGUCCUGCAAGUGUUAGUGAGGAAGUGGCGUUAAGCAAUCGUAGUUACAAUCAGCACAAACUUCAUCAUCGCGAUCGUGACAUACAGCCGCAGGGCUCUAACGUUGAAGAGGGGAGCUCUGUGCAAAGAGCAACGAUCGAAUUUGGGACGAAGGAGAAACCCGUGUCUAGAGACAGGACAAGAAGUGGUGCAAAGUCGAGUCGCGGAAGACAGGAGCGGCGGUACAGUAAUCGGCUCGCCGCCUCAUCAUUCGCCGACACUACGAUUCGGGCACCAGCCGCGACAUCGACAACAGAGGAAGUGACCACAACUGAAGACCAACCAGCGGAGUGUAGUUUGGGAAUGUUUGGGAGACGAUCAGCAAUUCAUCAUCAUCCGCAUAAUCAACUGAGCCAUCAUCACAAGCAUCAGAAGCACAAACUAACGCUCAGCGCUUUCCUGCCCAAGCAGCACGAGCAACCAUUUCGGGAACCCGGAUUGGAAACUGCCCGUGAGAAACAAGCGGAUGAAUCGGCAACGAUAGUUGGACAGGACGGUGGCAGUUCCGUUCAACAGUCAAGCGACGCCCACCACGACCAUGCUGUCGGGAUGAAAGUGAUUAGCGACUUUCGCCACGAGCCGCAGCAGCAGCAGCCACAAGUAGAAUUGAAAAAGAAGGCCGCAACCGCGAACGUAUUGAUGGUCGCUGGCAUUGACGGUGGGCAACUAGUGAAGCACCCGGCAGCAGCAGCAGCAGGUCGACGGAAAAGACGACGAGUGGUGGGAACCGCGGUUCAGAAAGGUCUCUCUCCGCCAGGAACGGAAGAGCGAGGAAAUCAGAAGCAGCAGCAGCAAUCACCGGAACCGGAGUCAACGAUGGGGCUGAAGGCUUCCACGACCGCCAUGAACAAACAUCAUCACUUACCACACGAUGCUCUUAGCGAAGGAGGUGGUGGUGGUGUUGGUGCGGCAGCAGCGGCGGCGGCGGCUAGGACGCGCUUUGCCGAAGCGGCACUCCUCGAGUGUGAAGGUUUGGAUCCGAAAAACACAAAACGGAUCAGUUUGGGGUUACGGCAGAAUCCGAAGCGGGCGAAUUUGAACGAAGACUUUACGAGUCUGCUGGACGAGACGCUCGAACGGUCAAGGAUGGCGCCCGCAGGGACAACCACCGUGUCGACGGCAUCUUCGGUAUCGGCACGGAAAGCACAGUCUCGGAUACGACAUGGGCAAAAGGCGAAGGAGAAAGCGGAGAAGAAGAGUCACGGAUCCACAGCAACGGAUCAACAACACUCACCCUCAGCUUCAGCUGCCACGGGUGGUGAAGCGAAGCGCAUGGCGAAGAAAAACGCUUCAGCCGCCGCCCUGGAAACAAUUAAAGUACGCGGUAUACGAUGGAGAGCCCCGAGUCCUACUACGAGACCGCCAGUGAAAUCUCCGCUCCUGUACAAAGUGAUCGAUCCACCUCCGGCAUCGGCGGGAACUACGGUGGGCUCACGGAUUCGACGGAGUUCUUCGAAGUCGAAACAACAGCAGCCAUUGCCGACGAAAAAUGGACUGAUCGUAAAGAUUCGCCGUGUGCGCCAAUCGGAACUGAGCUUGCUGAACGACGAGGCGGAGAACUUUAUGUUUCCGAAGAAGGAUGAAAGCAGCUCGGAGGCCGAUACCGAUGAUGAUCGGCAGACGUCGUCGGAAGGUUUCCGGCACCACCAUCAGGCACAGGAGGGCCACCGAACGGCGGUGAAUAACUAUUCGAUCGAUCUCCAGAGCAGCAGCGAGUGUGAUUUAGUGAAGCAGGAGUUCGACGAGGAGGAUGACGCCGACGGCGGUGGACAGGAAGCGAUGGCAUCAGGCCAGUCCACGAGUAGGAAGCGGAAAAAACCUGGCUCGAAACGGGUUGAUUCUGUCGAAAGUGAACCAUCUUCCUCGUCCUCGUCCUCAUCCGCGGUCGCUGCGAGCGCUAAGCGAGCUCGGCUUGAUCCAAAAGCCACAUCGAAGGCGCGUCGAAAAGCAGGUGGCGAUGAGCAGGACGACUGUCAAGAUCCUCCCGGGGGCCGGAUGCGAUUUCGAGAGGCCCCCAUCCAGCCAGGCCCAGUAGCAGCGGUCGACGAACCGGCGACUGGCGACGACGGCAGUGGCGAAGAUGAUGAUAAUAGUGGCGGUAAGCAGCAGCGGGCGAACCGCAAAGGUGUUUCCGCUGGGCGACGUGGUGGUCGCGGCCGGGGGAAACGCCGGCAUCAGCCUGCGAAGCAGCUGAGCCUAGUGAAGGUACCGGAGCAAGAUUCGGCAGAGGGUGAGAAGCCGGUUGCACGUCCGAUCGAGCUUGAAGACACCACCGCAAGAGGAAGUCCGUCCCUGACGGCGCCUUUCGCUUGCACCUGCUAUGGCGUCUCCGCGGCCAAUCGCAGCAGAGGGCGCGGCUGUGGCCGUGGUGGUAGUCGUCGAGGACGGCGUGGUCGUGGUGGAGCCGGCGGUGGACGUUGGGCCACACGAGGGCGCGGACGGAUGCCACUGUGUGUCUGUCGGUUGCAAUCACUCGACGCAACCCGUAUGCCACCACCGGCGGCAGUUGGAGGUGGUGGCGAAGAAUCUCAGGCCAGCGUCACCGCCGCAGCAACACCCGCGAGCCGCAAGUCUGGUGCUUCGAAAACCAAAACGACUCCACCGUUACCGAAGCCACGCAGAGGUGGAGCUGGCAACCAGCUAGCAAAGGAGGAACAUCACUAUUCAUCAGCGUCAUCGGUGUCACCAACGGCAUGCGGCAGCAGCAGCAGCAGCAGCGGUGGUGGUGCCGUCGUCGGCAAGGGCAAGGAGGAUGGGAUGGGGGCAGUUUUCAAGUGGAUCAACUUUCGGAAACGCUGUGAGGAGAUAGAACCGUAUCGGUUCGCCUUCGAGCGUGUCCCGUCGCUCGAACCGUGGUACGAAACGUUCCAGCGACAGGACGACGGUACGGAGAAAGUGUACGAAUAUUUCGGCAGCACCGGCUACCGGAAACUACCGUACGAGAUGGGACCGCUGCCGGCACUGAGCCAAAACUGUUGCAUACUAAACUACAAAGUGGUAGGGUGUCGUAAAUCGAACCGCAACGCCGCUUCGCAACCAACGUCGUCAUCGUCGUCUUCGAUGGAACCACCAUCACCGGGUGGCAAACAGCGAGGAGGCACCGCCAGUGGCAGUGGCACCAGCACAACCCGUUCAGGAUCGACGGCAGGAGCAGGAGCAGAGGUUGGCGAUUUGGACACGAAGAAGUCACCCUCGGCGUUAUCGUCGUUACCGCUCAAGAAACGGAAAUUGUUGCUGCAGCAGGAACAGUCUGCCAACAGCAGCACCGCCGGAACGAGCACCGCUACCGAUGGUGGCAGUGGCAGCACUAGUACCGGCACCACCACUAGCGGCAGCCGGAUAGCGCGGCUAAUAGCUGGCAGCGAUCGACCUCGGAAAUCGCCACGAGAACAUGCGUCAACGCUGGCCAUUUUGAGUCUACUGUCGCAGCAGCAGCAUCGAAAACGGGCAGCGGCCAUUAAAAUUCUGACCAGCCCGAAGAAAGCGACAACCACGACGACGCAAUCUCUGUUGGCGACACGCGGCGGAGACCAACAGCACGAUGCGGACAGCGGAGGCGCUGAGAACAAGCGCCCCUCUUCUGCCACGGACUGUGCUGCCAAUGGUGGCAUCAAGUUCGAAAAACCCCUCUUUCCGGAUACUAAUUACGUCAACAAUCGCACUCUGUGCCAAGAGUUGGAUGCGUUCCUAUCCAGUGAGCUGGAGCAAGUAUGUGGUCGAAGUACGCCCACCACGGUGCUGGCCGGUGUGAAGAGGGAGUUGCUAGAUGAUGAGGACGAGGUGCAGCAAGAGGAUCGGUUGCCAUCACCAAGACCGUCUACGAGCGAGCUACACUCGGAGCGAACGAAGAUUAAAGAAGAAUCAGAAAGGCUUAGCAGUGGAGACGAUGCGUUCCAUCUGACGCUGCCACCGUCGGCCCUUCAUCACGGUGUGGCUAUCGAGCGUCACAAUCUCCCCGUCAGCAAGCGUGAUCUGGUCGAUGUGCUGCAGACCGUUGGAACUGAGCCUCCGCUUAGCCUGAAGCUCGUGCAGCGUUGCGAGACGGUCCUGAAGAAGAUCGUACAGUUCGACCGUAAACCUCGUUCGAUGCUUUCGUCGAGUGGUGGAUUUGGGCCGACCAUCGGCUUGCGGCUGUUCGAUGGUGGCUCGAGUGGAUCACCGGUCUGUGGUGGCGUCGGUGGUGCCGGUGGCGUUGGGUCGGGAGGAUCGUUCCUUAAGAAGCGCAUCAAUCGGACGGGGUGGCCUACGAACAAGCGCAAAAUUGGCACGCGAACACGGCAACAGUUACGAUGUUUGGUCCCGCCGAAGAAAGCACACACACUGGUGAAGAAAGAGAUCGAGGCGACGGAGGAAGUGGAAGAAAACUCGGAAGACGAAAAGACGACGACAGGAGCAGCGGCACAGGAACAACCCGCAGUGGCGGAGGAUGAUGAAGAAGCGGAUCAGCCGGCCGAUGAUGCGGAUGAUGAUGAAGCGAGCGAAGCAGACGAAGAGGACGAAGAUGAAGAGGAGGAGGACGGGGAGGACGACGAUGAUGGCGGAGAAACGGUGGUCGAGGUGGUGCACCAUCGAUCACCACGGCGGCAGCGGGGACCGUGCAAGAAGCAGGCGGCUCAAAGUAGUAUUAAUAGUAGCCAUGUUGUUGUAGUAAGCCAUGAAAAGACUGAUCACCGAGGAACGGUGAGGCCGCGCCAGGAGAACGGUCCCGUGGAACAGGUGGUGUCGGAAGAGAAGGAAGAAGAUCGAAGCCUUGUUGUGGGUCAUUCCGAGGCCCGGGAGCAAGCGCGCGGUCGUCGGAGGAGGAAAAGCAGUAGCGCCUCGGUGGCAAAGCAGCACCUGCAGCAACCGCCACCCGAGACAAGUGGUGAUCGUGGCGUGACUGGUGACGUGGUGGCUGGAAAGGACAAACAAGAGGCUGCCGACCUCGAACCACGGCGGCCAGUCUUGUUCGAUUCGAUGCCAACGUUACGGGCGGCGCUGAUGCGUGACAAUAGCAGCCAACUGCUGCAGAAACCGCACAGUCGGCUAGUAACAACACCAUCCUCCGUACUGUUGCCAUCGUCGCUCACCGUCAAUUCCCCAACUUCGUCCGUGCCAAAGCAUCCGAGUGGCCGUCCUUCCGCUGUUGAAACGCUAGAACCGUCGGCGGUAGAGAGUGAACGAAGUAGUAGCAGCAACGGAUCAUCUUCGGCGAUCCAGCAUCCGCUAGUGUCGCCGACUGGCAAUCGGGGUUCCGGCAAUCCGACCACCGGUGGUAGUAGUGCCAUCGCUGGUGGCAACUGUGGCAAGUAUGUGACGAAAACGACGACCACCAUGACGCGUGUCGAUUACGAUGGAGCGUUAGCAGCAUCCCACCCGGUGCAGGCCACCAACACCAAAAGCCCUUCCUCGAAGCGAAAAUCCGGUGACACUGCGCAUCAGGAGGAAAGCGUUUCAGCGCGGCCCCUAGAUGUUGGGACAGCUUCGGCAGAGAACGCAGGCAGCACUCUACCGGUAGUGAUACGGUGUAGCCAGCAACAACAACGUCAUCAGCGUUCGGUCCCGGAGGAUGACGAUAAAGAGUGCGAUUCGAUCAGCUCACGGAGUAUCUUCGUUAGCGAUGACUGUGAUACGACCUCUUCAUCGACCUUCCUGAUAAACGCACCGGAAGAGACCGGCUCCCAACACGCGUCACGUGGUGGCGUAGUUGAUCGCGUCCCAGCUGCCGAUCCGAGGCUUGAGGAGCACCGCCGAAAAGAAGAGAGUUCGGAAAAUGAAGAUGAGGAGGAAGAGGACGAAGAAGAGCAGGAAGAGAACGAUCAGCAGCAGCUGUUGUUGGUCGAAUCCAGCAGCCGACGGCAACGUCAACAACGGCAACAACGGCGUGCUGGUGCCGGCUCGCUGAACCAUCGAUCUCCGCGAACACCGAGCGAACGAAUACGCAACAAAAUGGUGAAGAAUCGACGGAUGGCUCUCCUGAAUCGUCGGUUGCUAACCGUGCCCACCACCACCACCAGUACCACACAGUCGACGCAGACGAUUCUUGCAAAACGGCGCACGCAACAGCCUGUCUCGCUUCUCCCGCCACCACCCGUGAUGAUGAUGCCUCUGUCGCCGCCGCUCACCACAUCGACCUCGUCGUCAUCUUCUUCAUCGUGCGCCGACGACAAACCGAUGUCUCCAGCAGCGACCGUGCUUAGUGGCGUCUCAUCGAAAGAUGAUCCUCCGGUUCCGGAAUCCAUUGUGACACCGACCGUGGCAGCUGCCGUCAUCAGCCCACCAUCGAAUGUGAAAACACGUUCUUCGACCAAACGAGGACCAGGCGGACGGAGUGCGACGACAGCCGGUGGACGUCGAACGUAUCCCGCCGCGAACAGCGGAAACGAAGCGAAAUCUACACUCGUUGACGCAACGACGAUACCCAUACCCCCCUCGGCACCGAAAGAGUCCUCAUCGAGAAGGGUAAAGAAAGCGAAAGCGAAAUUCCCUCGCCGAAAGCAGCAGUUGCAGCAGGUUGUUGAUGUCGUAGGCGAAGAAGAAGAAGCGGUUCCGGUGAAGAAGCGUCGGAAAAAGCAGCACAUUGUUCUCAAGGAAGAGGCGUCCGACGAUGACACCACGAAAGGAGACACUGUUAGCGGGAAGCGAAAAAUGGUAGCUAAAGAGCCAGAAUCUACCCCGGCGAUGGUGGUGGAAUGCAGAGACAAGCGACGGUCGAUGACACCACCACCGCGUGGAAAAUGUCUGAAGCUUAAGGUAUUCAAUCACAACAAUAGCCAUUUCACUUACGAAACCCUCAGCCUUGUACCGUUUGUGGUCGAAAACGGCGUCGAUAACCCUGACACGGAUGACGACGACGAAGACGCGGAUGACGCGGAUGCUCCGGCCACGGGCCGCAGAGAUGCGGAAGUGAUGUCGCCGGAUGACCAGCUGGACAUUGAGCACCUGCUAGAGGAGCAUUUGGUGGAAGAGGUAAAGGGUACGGAAGUGGUCGAUGAGGAGGAAGAUCGGGAAGAUGAGAGGGUCGAAAUGCUCGAGUUGAUGGAAGUCGAAGAAGACAACGUCGAAGAUCAUCUGCACAACAAUCGACACAGACCCGAAGAAAGUGAUGAAGAGGUUGAUGACGAAGAAGACGCGUUCCUGACCGGUGAUGAAGUGGAACUGGAGGACGAAGAAGACGAGGAAUAUGAUGCUCCGGCGAAGGCGGUGGUCAAUCGCAUAACGAACGAUGAUCACCCGUACGCUAACAGCAGUUCCGACGAUCAUCGGCGCUACCAGAUUCAUCGUCACCAUCCCCAUCAUCAUCGCCAUCGGCACGAGAGCGGUCAAUCGACGGAUGAGGGCGAGGACUCACCGGAGUAUGUGGAGGUGGAAGAGCUGGAGGAACACGACGUGGUGGAAGAGGCAAAUGAUCUCGAGGAAGAACAACUGUCAGAAGAGGAAGAAGAAGAGGACGAUACCGACGAGGAUGACAGUGGGGCAGAGGAAGUGAUCCAUCAUCAUCACGUACGAAAGUAUCCGGCACCAGGAAGAGGAACGGUGCCGAUCGGCCCAGGCCCAGCAAGGCACAAUAAAGUGACAUCGAACGAAGUACACGUAGUUGUCCCCGCAUCGAGCUCGGCCAUAUCGAUGGGGACGACAAAUUCGACCACCACCACCACCCUAGUGAGUCCCAAUAAGUACAGCCCGCGCAAGCUGCGGAAACCGCGUGGCCGUUGGUAUCGGGAAAGAUGAACUACAACAGCCGCGAAACCAUACAACAAUCGGCACCACUACCAUCAUCAUCAUCGUCAUCAUCCUCAGCGACAUCAUGAUGUCCUUGUGCUGCCUGCGUAAGAUACGGAGAGUGUGCUAACAACUCGAUUGCCAUCCGGAGCCGCGAUGUCUUUCUUCCGUUCGCGUCUCGUACGUCUUUUAUGUAUAUUCUUAAGUACCACCGGCCACCGUGUCCUGCCCACGUUUUGGUUCGGAAGUGAUCGUACUUCUUGCGUUUCAGAGAGAACAAGAGACAGGCCAUUGAGUGUUUGUGUAGCGUUCGAUCCGUUUAUGCACUUAAAUUGAAUGUUUUGUUUUUGUCCACACAAACCCGUGUAUAGCAAAUAGUGAGGUCGUAAAUGUCUUUAGUUUUUUUUUUGUAAUUUUUAUAAUCCAUGUUUUUUCUGCUCUUUGUUUUCGGUUUCCAGAGUUAGCGUUAGAGUAGUGGUCAGUUCUCCAAAAACCCAUCCUCCAACCGUCAUCGUUUAUGUGGGAUUUCCCACAUUUUUGUGUAUCGAUUAUAAUUAAUGUAAAUUUAUUUUAUGUUACAAUAAAACCACCCGCGGCAGGUGAACAUUUUUUAACCUUCCGCCUGUGAGGGAGAGACAGAGUAUUAGGGAACGCCGGAAGCGCUUGUACCAACAGCAACCGGACCGAAAAGGUGAAGCUCAUUUGUGUAGAUUGUAAGUGUAUAGGGCAUCUUGUACGGAUUGGCGGAUUGAGAGGAUCAUAGAGGGAGAUCCGGCCUCCGAGUGUCCGAAUUCAUGGUGGUGUGUGGUUCACACUUUCACCAUCCAUUUUUUCUCCGCGCCCUGAUCCGAGGCAAAGAUAAAUAAAUCGAGCGAUCGAGUGGAGAAGGAAAAUUUGUAAAGGAUGCUCUCCUAAUGGGGGACGAAGUGGGUCGAAGAUAGAAAACUAAGAGAAAAACGUUUAAGUACCAUAUAAAUGUGUUGUUAAGUGGACGAGAAACAGUGGGAGCGCGCGUCAAGAAACAAUGUUUGGAAGAAAAGGGACGACCACACGCGGCGCAGAACGAAAUCAAUGGACGAUCAAUGGAAGGAAAUGAAGUGAACGUUUCGUAAAAAAGAAAAAUUAUGUUUUCAUUUAUUUUGUUUUGUUAGCCUUACCAUUUCGAUUUAACGGGUGAAUACAGGAACCAGGAAUUUGGCGGAUUUUGCCCUUUGUUUCUUUUAUGCUUUUCCCAGCGGUAGUUUGCACAGCUAAACAGAGUUUCCUUCGCGUGUCUUCGCCUCUAGCUAAAUGUUACAUUUCCUACAACAGUGGCCGUGCAUCGUCCACCCUUUUCUGUUGUUGCGCAGAGUUUUAUUUCCCGUGUUCCAAGG